AUGGAGCGCCGCCGAACCGUGACGGUACCUUCGCACUCUCCAGACACUGACGCAGACCUCGAUCUUCUAUUGGAUCAUGAAAAACUAAAUGAGAUCGAGCUCAACCGUCUUCUUGCCAUCCGUACGCCUCCCAAACGCAGCGGUAUGCGGUUUUUGCCCAAAGCACAAAAGGCGUCGGCACUCGAACUUUUAUCAAAGACCCAAACGCGUGUAGGGAAAAAAAUGGAAGUCGAACCAGUUGUCGUUUCCUUUGCUUUGGUGUUGCCGUUUCUCUUUGCUGGAACGAUUUUUUAUUGGAAACAAGAUACUAUUGGUACAUUGGCUGAUGGGGGCCCGCAACUUAAGCUUGUCACGUGGCUGAAAGCCCAUCCCAAUAUCGGUAAACGUUUUGGCUUUGAUGCAAUUGACGUAAUUGUCGUCGGUGGCUUUUUGCUACUGCAACUUAAUCUUGUAAUAGGCAAGUUGAUAGCUGACAAAGAGAGCGGGAAACUGGAAAAAGCGGGCUAUUUAAUCCGGACAGGUCGUGCUUUUGGCAUGAAUGGGCUUUAUGCAAUGGUUAUAUCCGUGAUUCUCGUGGCCCGACAGUCAUUUUUGCACAAGGUUUUUGGAUUAUCUGUAUUGUAUACUGGCACCUGGUACAAGGAAGGCAAAGUGGAAGAAAAGCUUUUUCCAUGUCUGGAUGAAACUUGUUCACCUAAACGACGUUACGGAUCGAUUCGAAAUUUUUCUGGAGCAAUAGCAAUGGUACCACUGUUCAUUGUUGCCGUUUCGUCAAUGGAGUGGGUACGACGUCGAUAUUUUCAACGUUUUAUUGUGUUGCAUUGUUUAAGUGCAUUUUCCGUAAUUUUUACGACUUUGCACUAUUAUCCCGCGUUGUUUUGGAUGGUACCGGCAAUUAUACUCUAUGGUAUUUAUCGAGCGGUUUCUGUAUUUGGACGUGGAAAGGCCAGUGUCGUGUCAACGACUGCAAUGAGUAAUAAAAUUAUUCAAUUGGAACUGAGACGAGUACCAAAUGUCGGAUCCGACUUUUUGCCGGGACAAUAUGUGUAUAUAAAGGUGGAUUCGAUUGGAAAAGAGUGGCAUCCAUUCACUAUAAGUUCCAGCCCUCUGCGUAAUCGCCACUCUUUUUUCUUGGAUGCUAAGGUGCAAGGACCUUUUACGUCGCAAUUGUUGACUCUUAUGAAAAUGCAGCAGCUUCAUACGGUUCAUGUGGAUGGAUACUAUGGCUCUGAAAUUAAGUGUGCUCCACACAUGGUGUUUAUUGCAGGAGGUAGCGGUAUGACACCGUUCCUUAGUAUUCUAGACCAUUUGAAGGCUCUUGCCGAUAUUAGUGACCGAGAAGAGAUGUCGACGGACGAUUCGGAACUGCCACGCACCUUGUGGGUAGUCUGGACGUGUCGUGACUUGGAAUUUCUAGAGGCGUAUGCAGAGUUAUUGGAUGCAGUGAACCGUUGUUCGCGAUGGAAAUGCAAGGUCUGGUUACAUUUCACGCAGGCUGGAACAGAUGAAGCUGGGUACGACACUGAAGAUGAUGACACUCAAACGGAGCCGGACGACCUGUCAGAAGAGAAUGUACCACGUAGCCAGCGCUUCUAUCCAGCCUCGUUACAUCAUCAUGCUUUUUCAGGUCAUAACUAUAUGCUGGGACUGCCCUUAUUUCUCGGUACGGGGUUGGGUUGUGUACUGCUCAUACUGUGGGUGUUCCAGCUAAAAAUGUUUUCAGCCAAGUCAUUCAUGAGACGUGCGGUGUUGCUUGGUGCUGGUGCGUUGGGGGCAGUACUUGGAGCUACAUUUGCACUGUAUAUAGUGCAGCGUUGGAAUGCUCGCAAAGAUACUGAAGGAAACAAUGUCACCAUGGAAGUUGCAAUGGGAGAGAUGGAGGUUGUCGGUUUAGACAUUCCGAGCCCCGCCCCUCCUUCCACUCCACGUUCAAUGCCAACACCAGCACAGUCUUUGCUUGGUCGCCGUUUCUUGAUCGAGAAGGAGCGCCCUGACUUGGGUUUUCGACUGCGCAUUGUGCACAAGGAGAUUCGCGAGAACUUCGGCGUGAAAGCAGAAGUGGCGUUACUGGUAAGUGGACCUGCAGAUUUACAACGUGAUGCUUUACUGCAAGCUCGUGAGCUUGUGGAACCCGCUUUCGAGGUGCACCAGAAAUCGUUCCUCUUGUAA